GCAUAUUGACAUUUUGUGGAACUCGGUGGUCGCUCGUCAUGUUAGAGUUGCUGUUCGCAAUGGUUUGGUUUGCGGGACUCGUGUGCGGUCAGAAUGAGACGGAGCCGAUCGUACUGGAGGGGAAAUGCCUCGUGGUCUGUGACUCGAAUCCCACCUCGGAUCCUACGGGGACGGCGCUUGGGAUUUCUGUGCGAUCUGGCAGCGCCAAGGUGGCUUUCUCAGUCAUCAGGAGCACGAACCACGAGCCUUCAGAGAUGAGCAACAGGACCAUGAUCAUUUACUUUGACAAUAUACUAGUGAAUGUCGGCUCUAAUUUUGACUCGGAGAGAAGCACCUUUAUAGCUCCAAGGAAAGGAAUUUACAGUUUUAACUUUCACGUGGUCAAAGUGUAUAACCGGCAAACUAUCCAGGUGAGCCUGAUGCUGAAUGGCUGGCCAUUGAUCUCAGCCUUUGCAGGAGAUCAGGAUGUGACAAGAGAAGCAGCCAGCAAUGGAGUGUUGACUCAGAUGGAAAAGGGGGACCGAGCCUAUCUUAAACUGGAACGAGGGAACCUAAUGGGAGGGUGGAAAUACUCGACUUUCUCUGGAUUCCUAGUGUUUCCACUCUAAGAGAAAACAACAUUGCAUUUUUUCCUGAACCCUAUACUGUCACAAGAGGGUUGAUAACUUUUUGUUUCCCCAACAGCGCAAGUGCAUCCCAAGGCUGCACAGAAAACUUAUUAUAAAGGGACAGUAUCCCAUUUGGUAUCCUCCAUCUACUAAAAUCAAUUAAGAAUAACCCCAGCCUUAAAAUUAUUCAUGGACAUAUUACACAUUUGGUUUAAUCCCCAGAUCAUCACUUUCAAUGAGCCAAUGGAUAAACACACUGUAGCACGAAUACGCUAAAUUAUCUUUUGUUUUAACAAGACUAAUUGCAUUUAUUCCAUCGGCUUUGAUUUUGUAGUAGUUUCAAAGUACAGUCUGGAUAGGCUGCCAAAAUCAGGAAACGGACAGAAAAGUUUAGCAGGGAUACUUCAAUGAAGGACUGGUUGCCAAAAGGAUACCGUCUCUUUAAAUAUGUAAGAAAGCAGAAAACAUGCUUCUCUAUGCCUGUAUACGUCUGCCAUGCGGAAUCUUAGAGAUGGUUGCAGUCUAAAAAUGCUUUGUAUUUCUACAUCCUAUAGAUACAAUAUUUUCAAUUCUGUGACAGAUUAACAACCUAUAUAGCCGAGCAUAAACUUUAAAAACGGAAUUAUGGUAAUUUUGAUCUAGCAAACAAGGACGGUUAGUUGUGUUUCAGUAUUUCAGUGUAUUUUGGGUUUAUUCUGUGGAGGCCGCUAAUCGUUCUGGUAGCAUAUCUAUCGUUUUUUGUUCCAGUAUAAUGUGGCCAUAUUGAACAGCAGAAAUUAUGAAAAAAAUAGCACUGUAAUAUAUGUGUGAAUAUUUAUAAAAUUGAAUUUUGCUUUAUUUCAAUAAAUUUUAAAUGUAACUUUUAUUUUUGUUAACCAGAAAUCAUGGUUGGAGACGCAUAUUUUAUUAUUCUUAUAUAUCUGUGUGUGUUCGCACAGAAUCUAGGGACAAAACGCCGUGUUCUUUAAAAGUUGUUUCUAAAAUAUCAGGUUAUCAUAGCCAUUGCAAAAAUACAUUUAGAAUAGCGGUUUGGCGGACGGAGAAAAGCAGGUAUAUUUACAAAAACAUAGUCUUACAAAAGCUUUAGUUGAUGCAAUAUUGUAUAUGUUCCUGCUCCAGUGUUUAGUAAUUUGUGUUUAAUGAAUGGUAUAAUUCCAGUCACUGGCACCGCGUAUGCAUAACCUUCACAUUGAUUGGCGCCUGCUUGUUCUGUAGGCUCGGUAAUCGGCAGUUUGGCUCAGUGAUUCAAUUUUUUUUGCAGCAGUACAUUUGUUUUUAAACACUAACGGGUUCUUCUAAUGCAUACGAACAAUUAGGUACAGACGUUGUUUAAAUUUGCUAUUUUAGUAGAAAUCUCGUCGAAUUUGUGCCUGCGGUUUAAGACUUAAACCCAUUUUGUUCUUAAUCACUUGAGGCAAUGGGAUGUUUGAUAAAUCAGCAAGGCAUCGUUCUCAGUCGCCUCAGGUAAUCUGUGCUUCCUUCACGGAGCGCACUCCUGGGCUUAUCAAGGUGACAUUUCAAGCAUAGCACCUCAGGCAAGUAACGGUCCACUUGCAGCGUUAUGUGAAACUGAUUUCCUAUUGCAGAAUAUAGACUAGGUUUCAUUUUUUUGGUAAAAUUAUUUAUAUCUGACUUUUUAUUUAAAAGAGCAGACAAUUAUGAGAUCGAGUUGGUUCAGAAAUAGUUUAGAUUGUUUCCGUUGCGGAUCCCAAAUUAAUCAUUUUCAUUAGUGGCCCUGGGAUAUCGUCUUUAACUCUGGACUUCUCUCACUAAACAUUUUAGUUUCCUAGGCGCUUCCGACAGCCUACCUCUGACCAAACAUUUGGUCGCCUUUCUUGCUAUCUUUUCCUGUGGCUCGAUGACAAAUUUUGUGUACCCACCCCCCGGAAGAAGCGUCUUGGGACCUGAUAUUAUGAUAAAAUGGACCAAGCAAAUAUAACGCUUAAAUUCCCGAGGUAUUUAUGCUGUUGAGAUCAUAUGCAGAGGCUAUAAACUACUGUUCUGGAAGACAUAUUACAGAACCUGUAUAAUAGAACAAAUUUUCGCAAUAGAAAACAGGCCCACUCUGCAGGAUACUUUUCGCCGUCGUGUUCGGUCCAAAGCAGGGAUUCGCAACCUUUUUUUAUGCCCUGGACCCCCACCAUUAACCGAGGGGCCCGUGGACGUUCAGGUCGGGAACCGCUGGGCCAAAGUGUUUUGAUGAAAAAUGACAAAGUCUUGCAAAUCAGGAACAAGACUGGGAUUGCUGGGCUUGGCAGCAGUUUAUCUGAAUAACUCUCAGUUCUCUACAGUAGCGAACUGCUUAAUUGGCUCACGUGGGGAAAAUUAAUACUUGAUAAGCUAAGAUUCUUUUACCGGUGCAUUGAUUUCAAAAAGGCGCGAUCGCUGCAUAAUCAUCCCUUUAAAAGUUUAUGUACUUUAAAUCAACACGAUUGUGCUUCGAAUUAAAUAUACAAAACAAUAUUCAAGCGUCAAUGUUGUUUAGUGUUUUUGACCAUUUUCUCUUUCCAAUAUGAUUUAAUUUGCUCCCAGCUGUUGGUU